UGAUAGUGGGAAAGGGGUCGUUUAUAUAUUGUUUAUAUAGUAGAAAAGAUAAUAGAAGUAACACGGGUAACAGUUGAAAUUAAAACUAUCCACACAUCGUGUCAACUGUUAUGUUAUAUAGCAGGAGGCGUAGCCCAACAGUCAGACCACUCCUCGCUGUCAGACGCGCUUCCGUGUUUACACUCCAGUCAAAAAAAAAAAAAAAAGAAGAAGAGGAGGAAAAAAAAAAAAAAAAACUGGCGGCUGUUGGGCGAAUGUUUACCGAGCAAGCAUCGAGUCGUGGUGAGGGAAGUGACAGUCACACUGGCGCCUCGGUGUAUGGUAACAACACAGGUGAUCGGCUUCCACGGUUGCAUUUUACAGCGGAAUGUUCACUCGAAGGGGCCAUGGAGACGUCAAGAAAUCUACACAGAAAGUUUUGGACCCAAAGAAGGAUGUUCUGACGCGGCUGAAACACCUGCGCUCGCUGUUGGAUAUUAUUGACAAGAGUGAGCUGAAGCCAUUCUUCGAGAGCAAUUGUUCACAGAUUUAUUUUAUCUUCUAUGAAAACUUCAGUUCACUGGAAAGCAACUUAAAACAAAAAGGGAUCAAGUCUCUAAGGGAGGAGCUGGACUCCAUUCUCUUUAUUUUUGAAAAAAUCCUGCAGUUUUUGCCGGAGAAAAUCUACAACCGGUGGCAGUUUCACAGUAUAGGCUCUAUUCUGAAAAAGCUUCUACACACUGGAAAUUCUUUCAAGAUCCGAUGUGAGGGGAUCCGUCUCUUCCUGCUGUGGCUGCAAGCCUUGAGGGACAAUUGUGCUGAGGAGCAAUUCCUUAUCUAUGCCUGCCUGGUGCCAGGUUUCCCCGCAGUGCCCUCGUCCAGGGGGCCUUGUACCCUUGACACGAUCAUUUACAACCCUUUCUCCAACCCACCUGAUGCUAAGGUGGUGCCUGAAGAGAUCACCCCACUUGUUCCAGCUGUGGUGGGCGAGAAGGUAGCAGAUGACCAAACUUGUUACAUCCUCGAAACCCUUCUCAAGUUCAUGGUUACCCAGGCAUCCAGUUUAGAGUGGAGGAAUAAAGAAAACCAGGAGACAGGCUUCAGGUUUCUCUUCAGCCUGUUCAAGAAGUACUACCUUCCCCAUCUAUUCCCAUCCUUCACCAAACUCACAAAUCUCUAUAAGCCUUUAUUAGACCUCCCACAUCAUAGACCGAAACCCUUAUAUGUGCCAGUGACAAGGAACAACGAGAGCACCUUCUGCACUAGGGACCAAUACCUGGCACCCCGUGUGGCUUUCAUCACCUGGCUGGUCACCUUCUUCCUCAAGAAGAAGUAUACCAGCAGUGCUGCAGCAGCGCAGAACACCAAGAAUGGCCCUGAAGUCCUUCCCAAACUCAUCCAGACUGUCACUGCAGGCGGUGGGAGCCAGGAGAAGGAAAAGGAGAAGACGUCAGAGGGGGACACAAACGGUCUCACGGGGGAGCCUGAGAAGAGCCACUCCAAUAGUAGCACACUGUCAGAUCGAAGGCCCAGCGAUUCCAGUUUAUGUAGCAUUGAGGAGGAGCACCAGUAUGUCUAUGACAUGGUGCAUGCCAUCUUACUGUCCACCAGGGAUAAUGUGAAUUUUGUCAACGAGGUCUUCCACCAGGCUUUCCUGUUACCGUCCUGCGAGGCAUCGGCAACCAGGAAGGUGAUUCAAGUUUACCGAACGUGGAUACUACAGGAGAAGCCCAGCUUUAUGACAGAGCCAGAUCAAACUGCACAGGAAGAUGAAGUAGAUGAUAGCACUGAACGGAUAAUCAACGCAGAGAAUAAUAACUUUCAAGCACAGAUACUUGAGAGUCACGGCCACAAGCGAUCCUCAAGUUGGGGAAGGACCUACUCUUUUAGCAGCGCAAUCAGUCGAGGCUUUCUCACAGAGGAGCAGAACAGGGACAUCAAGGCAGGCAUCCAGCCCACACUACAGGUGUUCCUGACAAACUCUUCAAAUGUGUUCCUCCUUGAGCCAUGCCAAGACGUACCCAAGCUCCUGGAAAAUCAGGUUGAGGUGUGCAAGUGUGUCUUGAGCAUCUACCGGCACAUGAUCAUGGAGCACACAAUGGACACACAGACCUGGGAGCAGAUGUUGCAGGUCCUGCUGAGGAUCACGGAAGCAGUGAUGAAGAGGCCAUCAGAAAACCAAAGAAAAGACAGCUUUGCUGAAAGUCUGGCAUCCAUCCUUUUUCGGACCAUCAUUGUGGCGUGGGUGCGAGCCAACCUGUGUGUGUACAUCUCUCGGGAGCUGUGGGAUGAGCUGCUUGCAGUCCUGUCCUCUCUUACUUAUUGGGAGGAGUUGGUGACCGAGUGGACCAGUAUCAUGGACUCCUUGACGGCAGUGCUGGCCCGCUCUGUUUACGGCCUCGACAUGGCCAACCUGCCUCUGGAUAAACUAAGUGAACAGAAGGAGAAGAAGCAGCGAGCACGUGGAGUGAUUCAGGACUCCCAGAAGGCAGCAGCAGUGGCACGUUCCUUCUCACUAAGUUGGAGGAACCAAGGAGACCUGAGUGGGGCAGGAGUUCAGGAACCAAUGAGGAUUCGUUCUGCCACCACGUCGGGUGCCCCUUGUGUGGAGAAGGCCCGCAACAUUGUCCGACAGAAGGCUUCUGCUAAACGAAGCCAGUCCAUCAGCAACUGUGUUCACCUAUGCGAAGCUUUGCCCACUACUAAAAGCGUUCCUACGCUGCUCCACACUGUGAGCUCUUUCUUGCCUGGUAUCGCUUCUGGUAACUCUGCUUGCUCUCACAGACUCUCAGACGUAGAGGAGUGUCAGCUGUCAGAAUGUGGGGAAGAGUUGGGAGGAGGAGAUAGCCCGCUCCCACGGAGCAGCAGCACCUCAGACAUUACGCAGCAACUCUCAGACACAUUACAAGCCCAGAAGAGAGAGCACUCACCUACUUCAUGUGGUUCUGAUAGCGGAACAUAUGAGAAGAGAGAGGGCAGUGAACCGCCAGUUAUCCUGAUCCGCCGAAGCAGCAGUCCAGCUGAGACAGAAAAUAAUGCUGAGGGGUACCAUCACUACGCAAGGGCCAAGCUCAGAGAGAAAAGUGAGAGCGUUAGCAGCGAGACAUCAAAUGGCUACCUCAACGAAACUGAAAUCACCUGGCAGGUGUUUGACGAGGAGGCUGACAGUCAGUCCACCCAUUCAGCCCGCAUGGAUGUGACCACUGACCCACAGAGCCAGCGCAGGUUGCUGCUCAGUCACUAUGAGGCUUUAGCAGGUCCUGAGUGUGCGCUCUCUCCCCACUCUUCACCCCCUCCCCAACACCACAACCACUUCCACUACCCUCAGAACCCCCCCGCCUCCCCAGCCCUCGUGGUGCACACUGAGUGCUCGCAGGAUUGCCCCCUGGAUGACAACAUUCAUCAGUCUGUCUUACAUAUGCCACACCACUUGGACAGCAGCGAGUGUCUGACUGAUGAUGUCAGCAUAAUAGCGGGUGGGACCCUGACAGGAUGGCAUGCUGAUUCAGCUUUUGUCCUUUGGCGGAGGAUUUUGGGUAUCCUCGGAGAUGUCAACAACAUCAGAUGCCCCAAAAUCCAUGCUAAAGUGUUUUCUUAUCUCUAUGAGCUCUGGCAAAAACUUGCUAAGAUUCGAGACAACCUUGGAAUCAGUGUGGACAACCAAUCUUCUCCUCCGCAGCCUGCUUUCAUUCCUCCCCUCCGUAUGUUCGCCUCCUGGCUCUUCAGGGCCACCAUGCUACCAGCAGAAUACAAAGCAGGCAAACUACAGGCCUAUAAACUGAUCUGUGAGAUGAUGACCAGACAGCAGGAUGUCCUCCCUAACACUGACUUCCUGGUGCACCUCUACCACAUCAUGCACAAAGGCUUUACUAGCAAUGAUCAGGAUGCUUUGAACACCAUUAUUCGUUCCUGCUCUCCAAGAUUCUUCUUCCUCGGCCUGCCAGGCUUCACAAUGCUGGUCAGAGAUUUCAUCACUGCUGCUGCCCGAGUCCUCAGUUGUGACUCUUCAGAGGCUCCCAGGAUGGAAGCUCAAACAAUUCUUGGCUCGUUAGUGUGUUUCCCAAACCUUUACGUCCACAUUCCAGUCCUGCGGAGUGUCGCUGGCUCUGAUGACAUUCUUGUAGGAAAUGAGGAUAUCAAGGAUUAUCUUGUCAAUAUCCUUCUUGAGGCUGCAACAAAGGAACACUGUGAAGGGGCCAGGUGUAUCGCUGUGUGCAGCUUGGGCCUGUGGGUGUGCGAGGAACUGAUGCAAGCAGAUAUCCAUGAUCAGGUGAAAGACGCCAUCAACGUCCUGGGAGUAACACUUAAGGUCAGUGGCCAAUUCGGAAACAAAGCUGUGGCACAGGUAGCCUGUGACGUGUUUCAUCUGCUCAUCUCUCACUGGGAGCCUCUCCAAAAUGUGGAGCCAACUCUGCCUAAGAAAAUCAUUGAGAUAUUUGUGGCCACAAUCGCCUUUUUGUUGCCGAGCGCUGAGCACUCAACAGUGGAAGCCGACAAAAAGUUGGUGGUGUCCUUACUGCUGUGUCUAUUGGACUGGUGCAUGGCUGUUCCCUUGAGUCUGCUGUUGGAAACUAUUACCUCAUCUUUGCCAGAGGACCACACAUCCUGCAAGGCCCCACUGCUGGACUACAUCUACAGGGUGCUGCACUGUUGUGUGUCAGGCUCCACCCUCCACACCCAACAGAGCCAUUACCUCCUCAGCCUGGCAGAUUUGCCCACUGACUACAAUCUCAUGUUGGGACAGGUGAAGAGUUUUGAGCCACCGCCUUCCCAGACGACCACUACUGACUUCCGCAGCUUGCUCACCGUAGCAGAGGAAAAGCGGCGUCGGAGCAUGGAGCUGAUUCCUCUGACAGCGCGGAUGGUCAUGACACACCUGGUGAAUCAUUUGGGCCAUCAUCCAUUAAACGGAGGCCCAGCACUCCUCCAUAGCCUAGUGAGCGAAAAUCAUGACAACCCGUAUGUGGAGUCGUCCGAGCUGUCCUCCGAGGUCUUCAAAAGCCCCAAUCUUCAGCUGUUUGUUUUCAAUGAUACCACACUGGUGUCCUACCUGCAGAUCCCUGCAGAGACCCCCACUGUCGGACAGCCCUCCCGCCCGUCCUCCCAGGUGCGCAUCAUUGUCCGUGACAUUUCAGGUAAAUAUUCGUGGGAUGGGACAAUCCUGUUCUCAACCAUGCAGGAAAAGUGCAAGGAUAUUGGCGUUUUCAAUUCAGCCGAUCACACGCUUGCAACCACCGCUACUCCCGCACACAGCAAAACUCUGUCCAGUUCUCCAACAAGAGGGCCGUCCAAGUAUCAUUUCUCUAUCUCUGAUUCCCUUCCUGACUCCUGCGACGUGGAGGAAGUAGAUUACCUCAAUAAACUUUUAGAGGAUCUUGGCCAGAGCAGCCCAGAAUGCCUCCCCCAAUCUCAACUCCAGCUAAAUCAGCCGGCCUCCUCACCCUCGGGCAUGAACCUUGAGCAUGAAAGUGCCAUCCUCAGUGCCAUUCUUCGUCAGACUCGGCAGGAGGAGGAGCAAGUGAGAAGGUGGGAUGCUGAUGUGAGCUUUCGGGCCUCCAGCCAGAGGGAACCGUCGCACCAGGAACCCAAGGCACCUUUUUAUUAUUGUCGGCUGCUGCUCAAUGACCUUGGCAUGAACUCCUGGGACCGAAGGAAAAGUUUCCAUUUGCUGAAGAAGAACUCCAAACUCUUAAGAGAACUAAAGAACUUGGAUUCUCGACAAUGCCGAGAGACACACAAGAUCGCUGUAUUCUACAUUGGCGAGGGCCAAGAAGACAAGUGCUCCAUCCUGUCAAACAGUGCCGGCAGCCAGGCUUAUGAAGACUUUGUUUCUGGGCUUGGAUGGGAGGUGGACCUGGCCACACACUGUGGCUUUAUGGGCGGCCUCCAGCGGAAUGGCAGCACAGGACUAACAGCUCCCUACUACGCUACCUCCACUGUAGAAGCCAUCUUCCAUGUCUCUACACGUAUGCCAUCUGAUUCUGAUGACUGCCUCACCAAGAAGCUUCGUCACCUUGGAAAUGACGAGAUACACAUAGUGUGGUCAGAGCACACCAGGGAUUAUCGGCGUGGCAUCAUUCCAACGGACUUUGGAGAUGUGCUGAUUGUCAUCUACCCAAUGGAAAACAACUUGUAUUUCAUCCAAAUCAUGAAGAAACAACAGGUUCCCUUCUUUGGGCCUCUAUUUAAUGGCGCCAUCAUCAACGGGAAGCUGCUGCCAAGCUUAGUGCGGGCCACUUGCAUCAAUGCCAGCAGAGCUGUCAAAUCCCAGUUGACUCUCUACCAGAGUUUCUAUGAAGAGAGGGCACUCUACCUGGAAGCCAUUGUCCAGAAUCACAGAGAGGUCAUGACAUUUGAAGAUUUCGCCUCGCAGGUGUUCUCUCCCUCCCCUGGCUAUCCAACAAGUGGGACAGCGUGCAGGCGUUGGCCAGGAAUGGUUUGGGACAUGGAAUACCCUUGGGCCAAAAUGGACUGUUCCCUCUCCAGCAGCACAAACACUGAAGUCUCCGCCUACUCCUCAGCCGCAGCUACAUCGACAGACCCUGUUGACCAGGUUUCCCCCACAAUGCCCCAGGCCGCGAGGAGCCGAGUCUCCGGAAGACUCUGUCGAUCGGCUAGCGCAAUAAGCAAAUCGUCCAACUGAGCUGAAACGCAGCCUCUACUUAUUGACUGUGCCACCCAUGUGUCGUGGGGCCCCCAACCCAAGUUUUGGACAGGCUGUUUGGAAGCCGCUUUUGCUGCAGCACAAGUAGCAGCAGCCCUUGCUUGUUUUUAAACCCAGAGUGGACAAUCGGUGACAUCUUUCUAACUUGAGUGGAACUGAAAAUUGUUGGAUUCUUUUUUCUUUCUUUUUUUUAAAUCACUCUAAUGUACCUUUUUUUAAACGGAUUCAGAUAGAUUGUGUCAUGAUUUGAUUUAUGCAACUCUUCUGGAAUGAGGAAAGACUGCAUUUGUAAUUGUAUUGUGAUGUUGUUAACAUAGGCUCGUGUCCGGUAAUUGAAUAAGUUCCUGCUGUCUCUUUCCUCCUCGAUUAGUUUCCCUGUCCUGUGACAUCGACAUUCCACCAUUCAAGCCAUUGAUUUCUUUUUUUUUUUUGCACACUUUUUUUUCCUUGGCUCAACUAGCAUUGAAUGUUCUCAGAUGUAUAUUGCUUUAAAUGUUAUUUUCCCUUGUAUGUUUCUCAGAUGUAAAUAGAGAGUCCUAUUUGAUUAAUUAUUUUGGUUGUAGUGUUUUGUGUUUGAAAAUGACCGCUUGAGCCUCAGGCAAAGCUUCUCUCCAUGCACUGAUGUGUGUGUGUGAGACAUCUCCUCACUGUGCCUGUGUAUCGUCUGUCCUCUCUGACGCUGUCCCGUUGCCAUUUGAGGCAAACAUGGACGCCCUUCCACUUGUCCUCUUUAGUGGUGUUUUUCGUCUGCCCUGCGACCCACGGCAAAAACAACAGCAGAAUGUCGGGUCCUCUUAAUUGUAGGUGCUGCGCUUCUCCCUCUUGUCUUUACCUGUGAAUGGAAUCAAGUGGCUAGUCCUCGUUCCCAUGAUCCACAAGCUGGAGUUUGGUGUGGCAUGCCUGAGCUGAACUCUCAGAGGCCUCCGAGCAACAGCCUGGCUGGUGCUCUCACCUCUCUAAGCUACUGGGACUGCCAUGGCAACCAGGUGUUUCCCCACACACACAUAUAUAUACACCGCUACACACAUAGCUACCCUCUGAGGACUCCACCCAGGCUGCCAGCUUAUCCCCAUCUGGUACAUUAAUAUGCCUUACUUUUCCAGUCCUCCGCCUCGCACUUCUCAUAGCAGCUCUGCUUGUUUGCUGAUGGAUUUAAACAUGCAGCUACAUGAGAUUUUUGUUCAUUUUCAGUUUUGAAGAGGAAGAAUGUAUGAAUUCCUACAGUCAAGGCUUUGUACUUCCCUCUAAAAGCCACUUUUAGAGGGAAGUACAAAGCAAAUAAACAAAGCAAAUAAACAUCGAAAGAUUGUAGUGUAGUGAUGGUGUCUGUGCACUUCUUGUUGGUGGCUAAGUCUUUGCAGGUGGACCAAGACAAAACGUUUGUGAAGAAAAUGAACUUGUGAUUGUUUUUUUUCCCUCCUCGUUUUAACAUGUCUUGUUUGUACACGGUGUCAAAUUUGAGGGCUAGAGCAUCUUCUUAAUAUAAAUAGAGAAAUUCCUGUAAUAUAUUCGUUGUAUAAGAGCCAGAGGGGAUUUAAAGGAAAAAAAGCUUGAAGAUUGAAUCUCUUGUCAACAUAUUGGGCUGUUUUUUUAAUGAUCUGCUGUCUUUUAUUAGAGAUGUGAAAAUAGGAAAAUUUCAUUAAAUGCAAUUUGGAAUUGUA